CGCAAAUAGAAUAGGGAGUGUGUGUGGGGGUAAUUGGCCAUUUCAACUAUAUAUCUCAACUCCUGGAUUUCUCCUAGGCGCAAUAUUAAGCAUCCAAUGCCCUGUUGCAUGGCCACAAGCGACUGAAGUUGCGCCAGGCCAUCCGUCUCUCAAAGGAAGACAGGAUUAUAGAGACCCUAUUUCUUGACUUUUCGCACUCCAAGUCAAUUUUUACACAGAUAAUACCCUCCCCGCAAUGGCACCAGCGCUCGCUUCCUCAGCCUCGCAAAUCUCACACUUCUCCCCAGCCGAGCUCUCCUACCUCCAUACCUCCCUCUCAUACCCAAACAACCCCAUUCGACCCGAUGGCCGCUCUGCCACGCAAUUCAGACCUCUCACCGCCGAAACGGACAUCCUGCCCAACACCAACGGCAGCGCACGGAUCGGAUUUGCCGAUGGAACGCAGGCGAUCGUGGGCGUGAAGGCAGAGAUCGAGAAGACGGUGAACACCGGGAUUCUAGGGGAGCGUGACGGGGAGGGGAUCGGCGAGGGAGAGGGUGGCGGUAUGGAGGACGAGGAGGAUACUGGCGGUGAAGGUGGGAGGAGGCAGAGAGGUGCUGGUGGUCGCGGUGCGGGACAGAGUUCAUGGGUCGAGAUGUCGAUUGAAAUCCCGGGGUUGAGGGACGAUGAUGCGUUACCGGUGUUUUUGGCGGAGAUGAUGAGAGAGGCGCUUGUGGGAUCUGGGUCGGGGAGUAAGGAGGAUAAAUAUGGGAUGCCGGAAGGUCUGAAGGGGAGAUUGGUUAUUAACCAGGGAUGGCAUUGGAGGAUAUAUGUCGAUGUGAGUCGCUCGGCCACAGACUUACGAGAAGCAUUUGCAUGUUUCGACAGUUACUUCAUGCGGAUCUUGCUGCUCUCUCCACCCCUAUCCUAUCCUCUCCCGCUCCUCUCGCUGACAACCCAUCUCGCCCUUCUCUCCACAAAACUACCCAAACUCAUCUCAAAAGAUGAAGAGGACCCCAUGUUCGACGACGACUGGGCUCUCGCAGAGUAUCUCUACCCUCGAACCGUUCCCAACCCGGCAAUUUCCCUCCGCCAACCCUUCCGGCCACCCAUAACCCUCCUCGUCAUCGCCGUCGGCGAAAACAUCAUCUUCGAUCCAAGCAGGGAAGAAAUCGCCGUCGCGGAUGCCGUGUUUUGCGUCUCCAUCGGCCGCGACGAGCAAAUAUCAAAGGACAAACAGGACCAGGAUGCGAGUAACCUGAAGCUCCUGGCAAUUCGCACCAUCGAUCCGCCGUCCCGGCUAACCAACUCGGGACUAUCUAAUUCAGAGAAUGCAGUCAACAUUGGAGUCAGCGCAGGUGACGACUCCGUUGAGCAGCAGCCCGUGACGAGUGAGUCUGUUCAGGGAGUGUGGAAACCUAGACAAGGUGGAGUGAAGAGGGGGCUCAUCUCGAAAAUUGUAAAGUUGGUGCUGCAAAGGGGCGGUGUUGGCGAUGAGGUCAUGCAAGGAUUGGAGGGAGUGGAAGUGGGAUAA